AUGAACUUCGGUGAUUUCAUCCCCUUUCUUGAAAAGCUUACAAACAGAAGAUGUAGAGAUGUGUAUUACUAUCCACAUGAAGUAAGGAGUGAAGAUGAAAUUUUGGUUACUAUUGAUGAUGUCGACUCCAUUUUAGAAGAUGGUCUGAAAGCUCAACAUGUAGAGGACGAUGAAGUUAUAUCUCUCAAAAGAAAUUUCAAUGAUCCAUUGCUCAACAAACUUUGUCCAAUACAGAAUGAUGACUUGGUUGAAGAAGAUCAUAAUGCAAUACGACCUAUCUACCCAAGACAUGAUCAUACUCAAGAAUGGAAUCAGAUGAAGCCUCGAUUAGGUAUGAAAUACUCUACUAUUGCUAAACUUAAAUACUCUCUUAGUUGCUAUGUAGUAGCAAAUGGUUAUGAUCUGUGGUAUAAAAAGAAUGACAAGACUAGGUUGCUAGUUACGUGUUGUAAAGGAAAGAAUCCUACAUGCCCUUUUUGUUUGUAUGCUUCCUGGAUGAAAGAGGAACACACUUUUCAGAUUAAGUCUCUUAUAACAGAGCACAACUAUUCUAGGGCAUUCAAACUUGGUUCAAUUGUAACAUAUAAGUGGAUAGGAAAAGAAUUUGUGAAUGAUGUUUUGGAGAUUCCUAAACUAAGUUUGAGGAAAAUGAAAGCCUUGGUAUCUACGAGAUACAACAUUAAUGUGAGUGUUGGGCAGUGUUGGAAUGCAAAAAAGUUAGCAUUAUCUAAAGUUGAGAGAUGUUUGAAAGAACAAUAUGCCAAAUUGUGGGAUUAUGCAACUAAAAUCAGAAGAGCUAAUCUAGGUUCACAUGUUGAGGUGUUCUUGGAGCCACAACCUGAUAAUACUGUGGUGUUUGAUAGGUUUUAUGUUAUCUUUAAAGGUGUUGUAGAUGUGUGGUUAGAUGGAUGCAGAAAGGUAAUUGGGGUUGAUGGUUGCUUUCUUAAGGGUGUUUGUAGAGGGGAGCUCCUAUCAGCAGUGGGUAGAGAUGCUAAUAAUAACAUCUAUCCCUUAGCUUGGGCAGUAGUCAAUGUUGAGAACAAAAUGACAUGGAAAUGGUUUUUGGAAAACCUGAUGGAAGACAUUGGAGGAGGGGGGUGGAGGAAUGGUCAUGGCAUUACAAUCCUCUCAGAUGGCCACAAGGGAUUAUUUGAAGCUUUGAAGGAAAGACUUCCUAAUGUGGAGCAUAGAUUAUGUGCUAGACACAUUCUAGCUGAUUUCCACAAAAAAUUUAAAGGAGAACAAUACUUUAAACCAUCUUGGAGGGCUGUGAAUGCAAUAACUAUACCUAAGUUUGAAGCAACAAUGAAUGAGAUUAAGUCCUUAGAAAGUAGGGCUUAUGACUAUCUCAUAGAAAGGGAUUCAAGGUGUUGGUCAAAGGCUUUUUUUAGAGAGGGUAUAGAUUUUGAUGCAGUAGAGAACGGAGUUUCUGAAAGUUUCAAUUCUAUUGUACUUGAUGCUAGAAGGAAACCAUUGAUAACAAUGUUGGAGGACAUAAGAUGUUGGGCAAUGCAGAGGUUAUGGAUGCAGAAGCAAAAUGGUUUGAGUUGGGAUUUGGACAUAUGCCCAAGUAUUAGAAGGGAAAUAGAGGAUUUGAAAGAAUUAUUUUGGGUACCUUAUGUGAGUGGCUACAAAGAAUUUGAAGUGUUCAAAGGAAAUGAGAGGUAUGCUAUUGAUCUGAAUCAGAGGGCAUGUGGAUGCAGAAGCUGGCAACUCACAGGCAUUCCAUGUGUACAUGCCAUAUCAACAAUUUUAUCAUUGAACCUAGAUGUGGAGGCUUUUGUAUCCAACUCCUAUCCUAAAGUCUCUUUCCUUAAUAGGUAUGAGUAUAAAAUCCAUCCACUCAAUGAUAGUUGUGAGUGGCCACAUGUUGAAGGACUGCAUUCUAUUUUGCCUCCAUUAAAGAGGAGGUUACCUGGCAGGCCAUAUGUCAAAGGGAAAAGAGAUCAGGCAGAAAGAGAGCUAAGUAGGCACACAAGGCAUACUGUGUCAAGGGUAGACAUUCCUCUAAGAUGUACCAUUUGCCACCAAACUAGCCACACCAAAGCCACAUGCCUAAGUAAGCCAACUCCAGCUCCAACCACAGCAUGUCCAUGUCAUUCAACUCCAGAUUCAAGCACAUCAGGGCCAUGUCAUGUGAAGAAGGCUCCUGUGAAAAAGGUGUCGGAUAAGUUUUGA